AUGGCAAGCAGUAAGGAGGAAAUCUUCUUUGACUCGCACGCAUUUUUGGAUUCUGAUUGUGAAGAUGAUUUCUGCAGUGUGAAUGGAGAUUUUACUCCAUCCCACAGCAGUACUCCAAUCAUUCAGAUUGGGAAUGCAGAGAAAUCAACUGAAGAUUUUAUCGGUGACUCAUUUCCAGACUCGAAAUUCAAACCUUCACUGACUAGUAAAAAGAAAAAACUCGCUGACCUUCUCCAGGACUCCUUCUACGCCGAUCAAAUUACCGAUGAAAAGGUGGACUCUAACAAAAAGCAGAUUGAUUCUCCAAAUCUGCUGAAUGAAACUCCGUAUUUCUCUGCAACUAGUUCAGCUAGUGCUGUUGAGCUGAAAACACGAAAUAAAUACUCAAAACAUGGAAAAGAGAAGAAGAAUGUUCAUUGCUGUUUGCCGAGAUUGGUGUCAAUGAAAGGAAGAAGCAUAAGAUGA